AUUCAGAACUUUUCGCCCUUUUCCUAUUCACAGUAGCUGAGGGGCGAUGUGCUCCGAAUUCGUGGUGUGGUGAAAUUCGAUUUUCUAACAACAUUUGCUGGUAAAUUUCAAUGUUGCACCAGAAGUGUGUAACCGUAAGGUGUAUUCAUUGUGUUGUGUAUGAAAAGUGUCAUACAUUUAGACAUCAACAUCUUAUCAACCCGUAUAUGGACGUUCGUAAAUAAUAGGUGGAGUAGACAUCUAAUUGCAAAUAUACACAGAAUGGCAACCAAUAUGCUGAAUGAUUUAGAACCUGGCAAAGCAAGAAGUGACAAUGGGAUGGAGGAGCAGCAGAAAAGUGCAGAAGGAAUCGAUCCGUCCACUAAAUCCAAGUCAAAGUUGAGUAAACCCAAAGUGGGCAGCUACACUCAGCUACUGAGACAGCACCAAAAAAAGUCACCGAGAGAUGUGGUGGAUCAAGAAGAGAAGAAAACUGUUCCAACAAAAGAAAACAAGAAGAAAGUGUUUGAAAUGAUUGUCGAUUCAACGCAAAAAUCUAUGGGGAAUGAGGCGAGGGGUACUGAAAGAAUAACUUCAAAUAUAUUACAAAAUUCGGAGGAUAUUUCUCUGAACAGUUGUGAGUUUAAACCUUUCAUAGUAAAAUCUCGGGGUAAGAAAACUGAAAACAGUGCAUUUUCUGAAAAAUUAGAAGAAAGAGAAAGACAAAAUGAUGGCGGUGUUUUAGAAGAAGGGGCAUUUAAAUCUUUUGUUGUGGAAUCUCAGAAGACAAGGCCAGACAGUAAGGGUAAACGUGCUGCAGCUCAGACAGAGAAAAGACCGGAUAGUGUGAAACCUAAGCAACGUUCCCAGGGAUCUGAAAGCCCAGAGGGAAAUCCGAAAAAUAAAAGGAAGAGUAAAAAUGAAGACAAUAGAACUUCUCAGCAUGAAACUGAUGAUCAUGUUGAUAGACCAAAUAGUGGAAGAGGAAAACGAAAAGAUAAGAAAAAGGGACAGGGGGCAGAUUCUCUAGAAAAUCAACAGGAUGAAAAUAGUAAAACAAACAGAAACAAGAAAUUUGUAAGAAAUCAAAAAGAAAAUAGAAGUAGAGCUGGUAGUGGAAAAUUGGUUGAAAAUGAAAGUAGAAACAGAGAGCAGAAUGAAGAGGGAGUAAUUUUCAGUGGGAGACCUGGGAGUCAUCAGAAUCUGGAGGGAGAGUCUAGGGAAGAAGCAAUGGAGAAUAAUGUUGCUCAAGGAAGGGGCCACCAUGGAGGGAAAAGAAAUAAAAAAGGUCAACAGCCAAAUAGCAAUAGGGGACAGUCUACCAAACAACAGAUGUUUGAGCCUUAUUGGUCCUCUGAGGAAGUAUCUGCUGGACUGAAACGAGGGGAACUGCUUGAGGGUCAGCUUAGGAUUAACAUGAAGAAUUAUGAGGAGUGUUUUAUAGACCACCCAGAUGGUAUGAGGGACAUCCUCAUUUUCGGGACAAAAGAUCGGAACCGAGCCUUCCAUGGAGACAUUGUGGCUGUCCAAUUCAAGGACAAGAUGGAGUGGAGGGUAAAUGAAAAACACCUAACUGAUCUAGAAGAACGAAGACAAAAGUGUGAUGAGAGGGAUACUGACAAUGCCACUGGGAAUUGUCACGAAGGGGAAAUGGAUGCCAGUGGUAGUAAAGUUGACAGUCCAAAAUACACUCCACGAUCCACUCCCCAGAAGAAAUACCUGUCUGUACAUGGGGCCCUUACUAAUAAUAGCACAGUUGUAAAAUCCCUCUUUCAGGAGAAAGCAGAGAAGAAAGAUGAUGGACUAGAAAAGAAGCUUCUGCAACCAACAGCUAAGGUAGUGGCAAUAAUAGAGAAGAGGAAUAACAGAGCUUGUACUGGAAAUAUUAGUCUGAUGACAGACAAAAACAAAAACUGGGCCUUUUUCAAACCCAUUGACUCUAGAAUGCCGCGGAUGAGAAUUCCAAUGGCAGAGUGUCCCAAAGAUUUUUAUGAAAGACCAGAUGAUCACAAGAACACCCUGUUCAUUUGUAGAAUGAUAGAAUGGAAAGACAACAUUCAGGCAUUUGGGUCCCUGAUGAAGAGUCUUGGGGAGGCAGGGCAGAUUGAGCCAGAGACUGAGGGAAUGUUGAUUGAAAAUGAUGUUGACUCCUCGGAAUUUCCCCAGGAGGCCAUUGACACCUUGCCUGUCAAGAACCUGCCUUGGAAGAUUCCUGUGGAGGAAUAUCAGUCUCGCCGGGAUUUCAGAUCCCAAUGUGUGUUCACCAUUGAUCCUGCCACUGCACGGGAUUUAGAUGAUGCUCUGUCUUGUGAAAGGCUUCCUGAUGGUAACUUUGAAGUAGGUGUUCACAUAGCUGAUGUGAGUUACUUCUUGAAGGAAGGAACGGUACUUGAUAAAAUUGCGGGUCAAAGAGCCACCAGUGUUUACUUAAUACAAAAGGUAAUUCCCAUGUUGCCGAGAAUUCUGUGUGAGGAACUCUGCAGUUUGAAUCCCGAUGAAGAUCGAUUGACAUUCUCUGUAGUUUGGAAAGUUUCAGAGAAAGGAGAGAUUUAUGAGGAGUGGUUUGGUCGAUCAGUGAUUAAGUCCUGUUGUAAGCUGGCAUAUGAGCAUGCUCAGGGAUUUAUAGAACUUCCAGAUAAGGAAUGGUCAGUAGAGGAGUUACCUUCCAUUUCUGAACCAUUCUCUGUGGAGGAAAUCAAGGAGAGAACCUUGAAUUUACACAAAAUUGCAGUUAAUCUAAGGAAACACCGAAUGGACAGUGGGGCGCUAAGACUGGACCAGGUCAAGUUACAGUUCUGCAUGAAUGAUGAAACUGGGCUUCCUAAUGGCUACAAUAUCUACAAGCAGAAAGAGAGUAACAGGUUAGUAGAAGAGUUCAUGUUGCUAGCUAACAUGGCUGUGGCUCAUAAGACGUAUAAAGAAUUUCCUAAACAAGCUCUGCUGAGACGUCACCCACCACCUAAAUCUAAAAUGAUGGAGGACAUGAGAGACCUAUGUGCAAGCCUUGGUGUUCCUAUCGACAUCAGUAGUGCAGGGAAUCUACAGAGGUCCCUAUGGAGCUACCUUGGGAAUGAUGAAUACUCUGGUGCUAGAAUGCAAGUCCUAGUCAGUAUGUGCUCCAAGCCAAUGCAGAAUGCUCUGUAUUUUUGCACUGGCUGCCUUGAUGAUGAAGAGCUGUACAAACAUUAUGCCUUAAAUGUCCCUCUCUAUACACAUUUCACCAGCCCCAUCAGGCGAUAUGCAGACGUCGUAGUUCACAGAACAUUAUCAGCUGUGCUAGGAUACAGUACAGAGAUUAACUUAACUCCUCAGCAAAUUAACAAGCAGGCCAGCCAUUGUAAUGAGAAAAAGACCAACUCCAAACGGGUGCAAGAGCUCAGUUCCGACCUAUACUUUGCUGUAUUUGUGAAGGAAGCUGGUCCAUUUGAAGAAAGAGCAAUGGUGAUGAAUGUGUUGGACAAAGCAUUUGAUGUCUUCAUCAUGAAGUUUGGAGUCAUCAAAAGAGUUUACUGUGAUAAAUUGGACAUCAAAGAGAAGAUCUUCAUCAAAGAACAGAAACAGUCUGUGAUGACACUAAUAUGGAACCCAGAAAAAGAGGGGGGAGACUGUGUGCAGGAACGAAUAACUAUUUUCUCAUUGGUUGAUUGUGUAAUGGCAGCAGGAGAUAUUCCACUACAAUGGCUAGUUAAAGUUAAACCUCCUCACAAGAGAAAGAAACAGACAGAUGAUUUAAGUGCUCACAUGGAUAACUUGGAUCUCAGUUGAUUUAAAUGAAAACUUAGUGCAAUUUUUGAGUGAUAUAUUUUCAUGAUAGACCAUUCGAUAAAUUCAUUAACUUGUAUUUCUUUCUAUUUAUUUGAGAAUUGAAAUGAGAAUAAAAAUGCCAAGCAGAAUAA